GAGGAAGUAGCUGGGGAGAGGGAAGUCUGGGCUUCUCUGCUUAGGCUGCUGCCCCCGCGACCCGACCUGGGAUAAGCGGAAGAAGACGGAUGGAUGGAUGAUUCUUUGCAUCCUUUGACUUUUCAGUAUGUGGCCUCGGUGGAAGAGGUUUGGACAGUCCUGGAUGAGAGAGUUGAGCUCCUGUGAAAGUUGGCUGGACUGUGGAGCAGAAGCUUCAUUCUUAGCCUCCUCCCCCAGGACCAGGAGGAAUAUCAACAAUGUCCACGUUCACAUUCUUGCCAGCGCGCCCAGCCCCCCCGACAGGCCGACACCACCCCAAACCCAGCCUAGGAGCCUAGGGGGCUGCCUUUUUAGGAGACACCUGAUUCUGCUGCUGCAUAAAGCAUGAUAAGUCUGCCACUUGGGUGCCAGUGGACCAGCAGGCGUGUGCCCGACAGGCUGCUAGGACUGGAAGAAGCCAUGGUGAUGUCAACACUGCUCUCUGAAGACAUCGCGUGGCAAUAGUCCCUGAGCAGAGGAGUCCACAACUCUAAACUUGGACCUUGUCAACAUUUAGUGGGUAGGGUGUUGCAGGACCUGGAGCAAUGGAGAAAUUCAAGGCCGGCAUGGUCCUGGGCGGCGUGGGCGACGCCCUGGGCUUCAGAAAGGGCCGCUGGGAAAGCUGCACAUCAGGCAGGAAGAUCCAGGAGGAACUGGAGUCCUUGGGCGGCCUGGGGGCGCUGAAACUGGACCCUGACCAGUGGCCGCUGAGCGACGCCACGCUGAUGCACAUGACCACGGCCCAGGCCCUCAUCACAGAUUACUGGUCUCUGGAGGACCUGUACCGUGAGCUGGUGCGUCUCUACGUCGGUGCCAUGGUUUCUCUCCAGGGCAGAACCCCUGAUCCAACCACAGUGGAAGGCUGUGUUCACCUAAAACCUCAUAAUGUUCUCCUGGCUUGGCACACACCCUUCAAUGAAAAAGGGUCUGGUUUCGGGGCAGCUGCGAAGGCAAUGUGUGUUGGUAUGAGGUACUGGCAACCUGAGAGACUAGAAAACCUAGUGGAGGUCAGCAUUGAGACCGGCAGGAUGAUACACAAUCAUCCCACAGGCUUCCUGGGCUCCCUGGCAACAGCACUCUUUGCGUCCUUCGCAAUCCAGGGAAAACCUCUUGGAACUUGGGGCCGUGAGCUCCUGAAGGUCAUCCCUCGGGCUGAGGAGUACUGCAGGAAGACCAUAAGACAUAUGGCAGAAUAUCAGGAAAACUGGUUCUACUUUGAGGCCAAGUGGCAGUUUUACUUGGAAGAAAGGGGACUGGAAAAAGAAGGUCAGAACAAACCUUUGGUUGACAAUCGCUACGACGCUGACGAGACAGAUAAGACGUACAAGCGAUGGAGUUCAGAGGGACGUGCUGGCCGGAGGGGACAUGAUGCCCCGAUGAUAGCCUACGAUGCCCUCCUGAUCGCAGGAAGCGACUGGGCGCAACUUUGCAGAAGAGCCAUGUUCCAUGGAGGGGCAGGUGAAGCCACAGGCCUCAUCGCUGGCUGCCUCUUUGGCCUCCUGUAUGGUCUCAACCAAGUUCCUUCCAGCCUCUACCAGGAUUUAGACAAAAGGGAACGCUUGGAGCAGCUUGGAGAGGCGCUUUACAAAGCAGCAUCUGCAGAGAAGAGCAUAGACAAGUAAAAACUGCUGCCUACUGGCUAUCAGAGGAACUGCACGGCCCAAAGACCCCUCGUCUUUUAGACCUUGUUGGUAGAUCCUCUUUCCAAAGUAACAUGUCCUUUCUUCACUCUUCUACCCUUGAUCUUGCCAUCUAUAAACCACCGACUUGAAUUAAUCACGCAAGUGUAAAAGGUUACGUCAACAUUUGUCUUUAUGUAUCUAACCAGCAUCUAGUCCACAUAAAGUGUAUCUCGUAGCAUAUAGCAUGAGUUUUAAGAUGAAUCAAAGCUUUUAUAUCAGAUUGCUGUGGGGAGAAAUAAAUUAUAGCAACCGGGGACAACACUAACUCUAAUUCCUUAUUGCAUAGUGUUAACUUCUAACAUUUGAACUGCAUCAUUUUCUCUGGAUCAGAGGUGUCCAAAGCAUAUAUGUCUUCAAUUUGACCAGCGAAAGGCCAUGAGGCUUAAUAAAAUAUCCGACUUACCUGGAGAUUGUAGUCAUUUUAAUAGUCUGACAGUAUUGAUACUGUUAUUACGUCACCAUCCAGUGGACAUUGUCACCAAUCCAAGUCAAUGACCUUUAAUUAUGCUCUGAAUUGGCAACAUGUCCUUACUUGACCCAAUGCAAACUACCUUCCCUAGUCAUGGUGCAAAAAUAAAUAAAUAAAUAAAUCCAACCAACUCCAAAUGUCAACAGAUAUGGUCACACAUAACACAACCUACCCGAAGAUAUUGUGGAUAUUAUAAAGAACGUCCAUGCACCAUAAACAUUUGUAAAUUACACCAAUUUAAAUCCAUUACAAAGCAUAAUGGGAAAAAUGCAAAACACUUAAUACUAAACCAUGUUUGCUACAUUUUAACGACUUGAUAUUUCUGAUUGAUUACAAAACUCUAAGGAGGUGGCCAAGGAAGUAUACAAGGUAGGAGUCAAACUUUUACAUACUCUUAAUAUCCAAUUAUAUAUAUUACUAAUUAUAUAUAUAUCAUAUUAAUAUAAUAUCAACACAUAUAUAUGUAUAGGCCCCACAACCCCAAAGGGAAUAAGCGGUGGGAAAUGGAUGGAUGGAUGGAUGGAUAUGUAUAGGCUAUAUAUGCGUGUAUAUAGUUACUUUAUAUAUAUCUAUAAUCCAGGUCAAUGACCUUUAAUUGUGCUCUGAAUGCAAGUUUGCACAGCAAUCACUAUGUGACCCAAUGCAAACAACCUUCUCUAGUCAUGGCGCAACAAAACAAAAAUAUAUGUAUAGAAAAAAAAUCCAACCUACACAAAAUGUCAACAGACAUGGUCACACAUAACAAACAACCUGCCCACUGAUAUUGUGGAUAUUUUAAGAAACGUCCAUGCAUCAUAACAUUUUUUUUUAAAUUACACCCAUUUAAAUCCCAUUAAAAAGCCUCAUGGGAACAAUGCAAAACAGUCUCCACACUUAUCCAUGUUUGGUGCAUUUUUUGUGCUUGAUGUUUCUUGGUUGAUUACAAAACUUUAAGGAGGUCUUCAAAAAAGUUAACAAGGUAGGAGUCGAACUUUCACAUUCUCUUAAUGUCCAAUUAUAUCAAAUAGUAAUUAAAUAUCCAUUAUAUUAAUAUAAUAUUGAAACAUAUAUGUAUAGGCUACAUAUAGGAUAUAUAUAUAAUUAUAUAUAUAUAUAUAUAUAUAUAUAUAUAUAUAUAUAUAUAUAUAUAUAUAUGUGUAUAAUCCAGGUCAAUGAACAUUUAUUAUGCACUGAAUGGAAGUUUGCGAAUAAUUUUUUUAUGUGACCCAAUGCAAACAACCAUCCCUAGUCAUAGUACAAAAAAAACAAAACAUAAAAAAUUCUAAAUCACACCGAUCUAAAUCCAUUCCAAAUCAUAAUGGGAAAAAUGCAAAACAGUCUCCACACUUAUCCAUGUUCGGCGCCUUUUAGCGGCUUGAUAUUUCUGAUUACAAAACAUUAAGGAGGUCGCCACGGAAGUAAACAAAGUAGGAGUCAAACUUUCACAAUACCCAAUUAUAUUCAUUUCAUAUUAAUUAUAAUAAUAUAAUAUGUACACAUAUAUAUGUAUUGGCCAUGUACAUAUAGUUAAUUUACACAUAGUCAACUUUCGGCCCUCGACCAAAAUGUUUUAGCUCAAUUUAGCCCUAAGCUCAAAAAAUUUGGACACCCCUGCUCUAGAUUCUUCACUAGGAAAAACAUAAUACACAGUAAUCCUACUCUUAAUUGGAAGAUAUUGCCUAAUGAAUAUUAAUCUAAAAGCAACUAAUGACAUGACUAGGUUUGAGAGCAAUCUAGCAAACUGCCAAUUCCGUAAUGUGUGCAUAAUCGUUGAGUGUUACGUAUAUAAGCAGUUAUGUUCCCAGGAAGUGUGCUUGGUGAUCUUAAUUCCAACUAACCAGACCGAUUAGUUACAGCGUGUGAAAUAACCCUGACAUCGUGAUGAUUAAAAUCUACUUAAAUAUUG